CACCCAUUAAAGCCUUCUCAAUCAAAUCCAGCUUGACCUGGUGAGGUUGGUGUCUUAUUGAAAAUACUUGGAGAAGAGCAUUUCCAUAACUUUUCAGAGGCGCCCCCUGCCCCUGUCCCGCACUGCUCCCAUUUGGUGGUAGAGCGACAGUUUUCUUCUGUCGCUGCUGCCUCAAUAUCGUUUUGCCCACUUGCCGUGCCUGGACUCCCUCGCCUGACAUUUAUAGAAUGAAGAACUGUCAUGAGCCUAAGGCUCAGAAGGUGAAUAUUUUAUCGUCGUCGUCGUCUUCAUUGCCAUCAUUGAACUCCUCAGAUUCUGAAGAUCUGGAGCGCAUGCCAUUGGCACCACUUAUAUUGAAAAACAAGAAACGAUUGUCCAAGCAACUCUCAAUGUGCGAGACUCGACGUGACAGAGCGUGGGAGAGACGCCGCCGCCAAAUACUAAUGCAAGAGAGGAGAAGGAGCGGGCUGCUAGAAUCUGAUGACUUGACAGAUGAAGACUUGCAUGAGCUCAAAGGGUGUAUAGAGCUUGGAUUUGGAUUUAAAGAGGAAGAGGGACAUCAAUUGACCAAUACAUUGCCAGCAUUGGAUCUCUAUUUUGCAGUUAACCGGCAACUCUCGCCAAGUCCGGUGUCCACGCCGCAAAGUGGCGACUUAUCUUCUUCAUCAUCUUCAGCAAUGGGCACGCGUUCAUCUUCAUUUGGGAGCCCCAUGAGUGAUCCAGACUGGAAAAUAUGCAGCCCAGGUGAUGAUCCAAAGCAGGUUAAGACCAAGUUAAGGCACUGGGCACAAGCUGUAGCUUGUUCAGUCAUGCAGUCUUAUUGAUCAAAGUGCGGGAUAGAUUGUACAGAGCUAGAGAGAAAAAAAAGUUCAGAAAGAGAAAGGAGAGGGAGGGUUGGCUUAAAUUUUCACUAGGUAUUGAUAGAAUUUACUACCAAUAUAGAGGCCAACAAACAUGGGGUGGCAUUAAUUAUGGGUUCUUUUACAAGGCCAAUGGAGUAGUUGUUCAUUGGAUUCUUGAUUACUUGGUUAGAGAUUGACGCAAUAUUUCUGUUUUAUUUCUUCUUCUUUUUUAUCAAAGUUUCCAUGAGGCAUGCAGAUUUCUUUAUUUGCUGUUGGAAACAGAGCCUGCAGAAACUGUAAUUUGGCCUCUUUUUUUAUAUGGAAAUUCAAAUUGAAGGAUUGUGCAUGCA